CACUUGACAUCUCAUAUCGGACCUUUUCCACAUAGAACGGACGGCAUAAUAGGACAAGUUGUUCAUAAAACAUUCAAUCAAUUUUAAACUCGUGAGCGUGAGGAAAAAAAACAACAACAGGAUAUGGAUAAGACAGGUCAAAAAGCUGCCCAAGAUACAGUUUCAGAUUCUAGUUUCAACGAUGGACAAUCAGCCGCAAUGCAAGCACAGACGCAAGAGCAGUUACUUCGACAGACAGAAGCUAGUAGGCAGAUGUUGUAUGGAGUGUAUGGGAACGUGAUCACAAUCUUGGAGGAGCACGAAAAACGCACUUCGGCCGUUGACAAAGGGAAACUAAAACAAUCAGACAUAGCAAUUCCAGACCAGUCCUGGAAGACAAACGAAGAUGUUAAAGCCAACGUGGAGACGCAGUUAUUACUCUUCGAAACCCAGAGUAAAUUCUGUCCUAAAGAAGUGCGACUGUCUGUAAAUCGUGAACUGAGACUGAAAACUAUUGCCUGGUUUGGAGUCAGAGAGGAAUCAAAACUCGACAUUGAAGAAACAGACACGUUUGCUUGCAAGCUCUAUGAAAUUCUUGUCCAAGGGGAGACAAAACAUGAGAGCUUAGACAGGCCUAGGUCUCCGAUAACAGAGAAAACUAUUCGCGAGACUUUGCCGAACAUUUUCAAAGGCCAGCACGAUGCGCGUGAGCUUGACGAUUCCUUUAAGAAGGACAAAAGCAAGAAAGCUCAAAAACCAAAAACGCGACAGGCAGAAGUCGAUGAUGCGUAUUUGUUGGGUUUAUCACGCAUUGGAAGGACAAAUCCAAAGUUGAAAGAUUUCCUUGACGAGGAUUGGUCACUUAUUCAGCAGAUGGGAUCAGUGAACAUUCGUUGA